AUGUCUGCUUUUGGCUUAGAUCUGGACGAAUUGACGUCAGCUUUCGAUCCUAAAAAACCAUCUUCUGAGACUCUUGUAGAUACCGGUUCUACACAGCCUGGUGACUUUGAAGAAAAAAAGCGAAAAGCAGAAGCUUCACUCAAACCCUUAUUAAAAGAAGUAGAGGAAGAUUCUACAGAUGAUUCUCCCAAACGUUCAAAACUAUCUGUUGGUGAUACUCUAGAAUUUAAUGCUCCCAGAAUACAAAUACAUAAAAUCAGUUCACCUGAAACAUGUACACACGAGGUGGCUGUUCCCCCUGAUAUUGAAUACAAGCCAAUUAUUAAAGAUUGUGGAUUUCCAGCGAAAACUUUUCCCUUCACGCUUGAUGCAUUUCAGCAACAAGCAAUCAUAUGUAUUGAUAAUAAUCAGUCGGUGCUAUUAUCGGCUCAUACGUCAGCUGGUAAAACUGUUGUUGCUGAAUAUGCAAUCGCAACAGCAUUACGGGAAAAACAACGUGUAAUUUAUACUACUCCUAUUAAAGCACUUAGCAAUCAGAAGUACAGAGAAUUCUUCGAAGCCUUCCCGGAAGUAGGAUUACUUACAGGUGAUGCUACAAUCAAUCCCAGCGCUAGUGUACUCAUCAUGACCACAGAAAUCCUUCAAUCCAUGUUGUAUAAAGGUGCUUCAAUGGUGCGAGAGGUCGGUUGGGUUAUAUUUGACGAAAUUCAUUAUAUGCGUGACCCUGAACGUGGAGUGGUUUGGGAAGAAACUAUAGUGCUUUUACCUGAUAAUGUUCGUUAUGUGUUUCUUAGUGCUACUAUUCCAAAUGCUCGCCAGUUUGCUGAAUGGAUAGCUCACCUUCACCAUCAACCAUGUCAUGUUGUUUCAUCUGACUGCCGUCCUGUACCACUACGUCAUUAUCUAUAUCCUGUGGGUAGUGAGGGUUUGUUUCUCGUAUUGGAUGAGGGUAAAUAUUUGGAGCAAAAUUUUGAACGAGCUAUGCGCUCGUUCCUUUCGGAUGAAUCAUCAAAUAAAAGACAAAAGUCACAAGUUGAUUACAAUAAACGUUCUGAAAAUAAUGUCAUUCAAAUUGUUCGUUUGGUCAAACAUCGCAGUUUGGAACCCAUAAUUGUAUUUAGUUUCAGUAAAAAGGAGUGUGAAAUCUAUGCACUUCAAUUAGCCAAAUUCGAUUUCACUACUGAUGCAGAGAAAAAAGUCGUUGAUGAAGUAUUCCGCAAUGCAAUCGAUGGUCUUUCACCUGAAGAUCGCGCAUUACCACAAGUUGAGAGUGUCUUACCAUUGCUUAAGCGUGGUAUUGGUAUACAUCAUGGUGGUCUUUUGCCUUUAUUAAAGGAAACUAUAGAAAUAUUAUUUUCUGAGAAUUUAAUUAAAUGUUUAUUUGCUACAGAAACAUUUGCCAUGGGUUUAAAUAUGCCCGCUAGAACGGUCCUAUUCACCUCGGCUCGUAAAUAUGAUGGACAGUCUUAUCGCUGGAUGAAAAUUUUUUCGUAUAUCCAUAACGUGUAUUUUGUAUAA